CUUUUCUUUUUCCAUCGCUUCGGAGCAACUUUUUACAUUCCACACGUAUUUGACUUUACGUGUCUGUUUCAGAUCAUCGAUCGUCUGCUUAAAAGAACACAAUCAAGAGCUUCGUCUUUCUGUUCGGUCAUCAACCAACACCACCCGUUAUCGCUGUAUAUUAUUAUUCAUCCUGCCUCCAUCUAUCCCGGAAGCGAUCUAGAAUUUCCAAUCCCGUAGCAAGAAAGCCAGGUCGUCGCAUACACCCCCGCCUCUCUUGCCUCUGUUUAUUUCUACACCUUCAACCCAAAAAUUCAAGACACUAUGCCUGCCGUUCCGAUCGCCACCAACGUCCAGGAGUCCCGGGCCGCAUCGCCCACUCCCGAGGUUGCCAUCGUUCCUCCGUGCACAGCCGCCAUCGCCACCUUUGGCCCGAACUGCGGCGCCAAGUCGCCCGAGGAGAUCGAGAACUCCACACAACAGCCUACCAUUGCCACGCUGGCCCUCAAGGACGGCGCCCUGCUGCAGGGCUACUCGUUCGGCGCUGAGGCCAAGUCGGUCUCUGGCGAAUGCGUCUUCCAGACUGGCAUGGUCGGCUACCCCGAGUCGCUGACUGACCCGUCGUAUCGCGGCCAGAUCCUGGUGCUCACCUACCCGCUGAUCGGCAACUACGGUGUACCCAGCCAGACUGAGCUCGAUCCGCUGCUCAAGGAUCUGCCUGCAUACUUUGAGUCGAACCAGAUCCACGUCGCCGGCCUUGUCGUCGGUCAGGCGUCGGCUGAGUUCUCGCACCACCUGGCCGAGUCCAGCCUCGGCGACUGGCUCAAGCGCGAGGGCGUGCCCGCCAUCUACGGCGUCGACACACGCGCCAUCACCAAGCGCAUCCGCGAGGAGGGUGUGAUGCUGGGCAAGAUCCUGUUCCCGACCUCUGUUGUCGGAACCAACAACUACACUGCCGAGGCGGGCGACGAGGCGGCGCAGGUGCUGCCUGAGUACCAGAACGUGGCGUGGGUGGACCCGAACGCUACCAACCUGGUCGCCGACGUGUCGUGCAAGGAGCCCAAGCUGUACAAGCCUGAUGAGGCUACGGCCAUCAAGCGGCCCGAUGGGCGCACGGUGCGUGUUGUCGCCGUCGACAUCGGCAUGAAGUACAACCAGAUCCGCUGCUUCGUCAAGCGUGGCGUCGAACUGCUCGUGGUGCCCUGGGACUACGACUUCCUGAAGGAGGCUGACAACAUGGACGGCCUGUUCCUGUCCAACGGCCCCGGCGACCCGACCACAAUCACGGUCACCAUCGAGCGUGUCAAGCAGGCGCUGGCACUCCAGAAGUUCCCGAUCUUUGGUAUCUGCCUCGGCCACCAGGUGUUUGCGCUGGCGUCGGGGGCCCAGACCGAGAAGCUGAAGUACGGUAACCGUGGCCAGAACAUCCCGUGCACGGACAUGCUCACCAGCCGCUGCUACAUCACGUCGCAGAACCACGGCUACGCGGUCAAGGCGGACACGCUGCCUGCCACCAUCAAGGAGCUGUUCGUCAACGCCAACGACGGCACCAACGAGGGUAUCUACCACACCGAUCUGCCGUACUUCUCGGUGCAGUUCCACCCCGAGUCCAACCCCGGCCCGCGCGACACCGAGAUUCUGUUUGAUAUUUUCAUCAGCACCAUCAAGCGCUGCCUGGAGACCGGCAAGGUCGCUGGCCCUGUCGAGUUCCCGGGCGCCGAGGCUGCACAGGCCCGCCGCCAGCAGCGCGAGCAGUGGGAGAAGGAGCUGGCCAAUGACACCGACAAGAGUGGGCGCAUCGUCAAGGGCCGCCGCAUCCGCAAGGUGCUCGUUCUGGGCUCGGGCGGUCUCAGCAUUGGCCAGGCCGGUGAGUUCGACUACUCGGGUUCGCAGGCCAUCAAGGCGCUGAAGGAGGAGGGCAUCUAUACGAUCCUGAUCAACCCGAACAUUGCCACCAUCCAGACGUCCAAGGGUCUCGCCGACAAGUGCUACUUCCUGCCUGUCACGCCCGACUGCGUGCGCAAGGUCAUCAAGCACGAGCGCCCCGACGGUAUCUACUGCACGUUCGGUGGCCAGACUGCGCUCAGCAUCGGUGUCAGCCUGAAGGACGAGUUCGAGGACCUGGGUGUCCAGGUUCUGGGCACAUCGAUUGAUACUAUCAUGGUUACUGAGGACCGCGAGUUGUUCGCGUCUGCCAUGUCCGAGAUCGGCGAGAAGUGCGCCAAGUCUGCUGCGGCCAUCAGCAUUGAGGAGGCCAUCGCCGCUGCCAACGACAUCGGCUACCCGCUGAUUGUGCGUGCUGCCUAUGCUCUUGGCGGUCUGGGCUCUGGAUUUGCCUCCAACGAGGAGGAGCUGGUCGCACUGUGCCGCAAGGCCUUUGCCGCGUCGCCGCAGGUGCUGGUUGAGCGCAGCAUGAAGGGCUGGAAGGAGGUCGAGUACGAGGUCGUCCGCGAUGCGCAGGACAACUGCAUCACCGUGUGCAACAUGGAGAACUUUGACCCGCUGGGCAUCCACACUGGUGACUCGAUUGUCGUUGCUCCCAGCCAGACGCUCAGCGACGAGGACUACCAGAUGCUGCGUACCACCGCAGUAAACGUGAUCCGCCACCUGGGUGUCGUCGGUGAAUGCAACAUCCAGUAUGCGCUGAACCCGCACAGCCGCGAGUACUGCAUCAUUGAGGUCAACGCGCGUCUCAGCCGCAGUUCGGCGCUGGCGUCCAAGGCCACGGGCUACCCGCUGGCGUUUGUUGCGGCCAAGCUCGGUCUCGAGAUUCCGCUCAACGAGAUCCGCAACAGCGUGACCAAGGAGACCACCGCCUGCUUCGAGCCCAGCCUCGACUACAUUGUGGUCAAGAUCCCGCGCUGGGAUCUGAAGAAGUUUGACCGCGUCAGCAAGAACCUGUCGUCGGCCAUGAAGUCGGUCGGCGAGGUCAUGGCUAUUGGCCGCACCUUCGAGGAGACCAUCCAGGAGGCCAUCCGCUCGGUCGACACCAGCUUUGACGGCUUCUGCCGCAGCAGCUACGUGCCCGAGACCAAGGAGGCCAUUGAGGAGGAGCUGACCAAGCCCACCGAUCUGCGUGUGUUUGCCAUCGCCAACGCCCUGCACAUGGGCUACACUGUUGAGGAGAUCCACAGCCUGACUGCUAUCGACAAGUGGUUCCUGUGCAAGCUGCGCAGCAUGGUCGAGACCGAGCGCCGCCUGGCCACCUACUCGGCUGACCAGACCAUCCCGCGCCCGCUGCUGCUCCACGCCAAGCAGCAGGGCUUCUCGGACAACGGUAUCGCGCAGCUGACCAAGCGUAACGAGAUGCAGGUGCGCAACACGCGUACCGGCUACCACAUCACGCCGUUUGUCAAGCAGAUCGACACGGUUGCGGCCGAGUUCCCCGCCUUCACCAACUACCUGUACAUUACGUACAACGCGUCGGAGCAUGACGUCAAGUUUGUCGACAACGGCGUCAUGGUGCUGGGCUCGGGCGUGUACCGCAUUGGUUCGUCGGUCGAGUUCGACUGGUGUGCAGUGCGCGCAAUCCGCACGCUGCGCGAGAACAAGUUCAAGACCAUCAUGGUCAACUACAACCCCGAGACGGUGUCCACUGACUACGACGAGGCGGACCGCCUGUACUUCUCGAACAUCACGCUCGAGCGCAUCAUGGACAUCUACGAGGCUGAGACAUCCGCUGGUGUCAUCAUCAGCAUGGGCGGCCAGGCGCCGAACAACAUCGCGCUUGGUCUGCACCGCAACAAGGUCAAGAUCUUCGGUACUAGCCCGGAGAACAUUGACGGCGCCGAGAACCGCUACAAGUUCUCGCGCAUGCUGGACCAGAUCGGCAUCGACCAGCCCGAGUGGCGUGAGCUGACCCAGUUCGAGGACGCCGAGGAGUUCUGCGCUGACGUUGGCUUCCCUGUGCUGGUGCGUCCCUCGUAUGUGCUCUCCGGUGCCGCCAUGAACGUGGUCUCGACUGCUGGCGAUCUCAAGUCAUACCUGAACGAGGCAGCCACGGUGUCGCGCGACCACCCGGUCGUCAUCACCAAGUUCAUUGAGGAGGCCAAGGAGAUCGAUGUCGACGCCGUUGCCCUCGAUGGCAAGCUGGUCAUGCACUGCGUCUCGGAGCACGUUGAGAACGCCGGUGUGCACUCUGGCGAUGCCACUCUCGUGCAGCCGCCGCAGGAUCUCGACCCGGUCACCGUGCGCAAGAUCGGUGAGGCCACUGCCGCCAUUGGCCAGGCACUGCGUGUUACUGGUCCCUACAACAUCCAGUUCAUGGCCAAGAACAACGAGAUCAAGGUCAUUGAGUGCAAUGUGCGUGCUGCCCGCUCGUUCCCGUUCGUGUCCAAGGUCACCGGCGUUGACCUGAUUGAGAUGGCCACCAAGGUCAUGCUCGGCCUGCCAAUCACGCCGUACCCGAACCGCGGCAAGCGCCUCGACUAUGUCGGUGUCAAGGUGCCGCAGUUCAGCUUCUCGCGCCUGCAGGGUGCCGACCCGAUCCUCGGUGUCGAGAUGGCGUCGACCGGUGAGGUCGCCGCGUUCGGCCGCGACAAGUACGAUGCAUACCUGAAGGCCAUGCUGGCCACUGGCUUCCAGCUGCCCAAGAAGAACAUCUUGCUUUCGAUCGGUUCGUACAAGGAGAAGGUCGAGAUGCUGCCUUCGGUCCAGCGGCUGUUUGAGAGCGGCUUCCAGCUGUUUGCCACGCCCGGUACCGCCGAUUUCCUUCAGGAGCACGGCAUCAGCGUGAUUGCGCUCGAGGCCGACAAGGCUCGCGAGGGCUACAGCCUGCAGGAGUACCUGUCGAACACCAAGAUCGACCUGUACAUCAACCUGCCGUCCAAGAACCGCUUCCGCCGCCCGGCCAGCUACGUCAGCAACGGAUACCGCAGCCGUCGUAUGGCCAUUGACUUCUCGGUGCCUCUGAUCACCAACGUCAAGUGCGCCAAGAUGUUCAUCGAGGCCCUGGCGCGGUUCGUUGUCGACAAGUGGGAGAUUGAGAACGUCGACUACAUCACCUCGCACCGUACCACUGUGCUGCCGGGUCUGGUCAACAUCUCUGCCCUGCUGCCCAGCGCCACUAGCGAUGCGAUCACCGAGUCCACUCGCGCAGCGAUCUGCGGCGGAUUCACGAUGCUGGGCGUCAGCGCCCACACUGCCGACGGUGCGGCUGCCACCAGCGACAAGCAGGUCGCCAAGGUCAAGACCGCCGGUCGCGGCCACUCGUACGCCGACUACGUUGUCGAGGUUGCUGCCACCGACGCGAACCCGGCCUCCGCUGCUGCUCUGAGUGCCGAUGCGCCCAUCCUGUUCGUGUCCUUUGACAAGUCGCAGUCGGCGCACGUCGACAAGUACGCGACCGUGUCGGAGCACUUCAAGUCGUGGCCUCAGGGCUCGGCCAUCAUCACCAACGCAUCGGGCAACGACCUGGCAUCGACUCUGCUACUGGCCUCGCUGUUCAACCGUCAGAUCCACAUCACGGAUGUGCGCUCGGCCGACGACCUGGAGCUGAUCGAUCUCAGCCGCACCCGCGGUCUGAACGUCACUUGCGACAUGUCGGUCUACGCUCUGUUCGCCGACCGCCUGCCGGCCAUCGAGGGUCUGUCCAAGGAUGUGGAUCCGCUGUGGAGCAAGCUGUCGGCCAUUGACUGCUUCACCAUCGGCGUUCUGCCGGCCCAGGUACUCAAGGCCCUGGGUGCUGAGGGCGUCAACGCUGGUGCUGUUGGCUACCAGAUUGCGCUGCCGCUGCUGUACACGGCCGUUGCCGAGGGCAGGCUCCAGUCGAGCGACAUUGUUGAGCGCUUCUGCAAGGCGCCGCGCCGCAUCUUCGGCCUGCCUGAGCAGCCCGAGACCUACGUCGAGAUCCACCAGGACCGCCUGGCCCAUGUGCCGGCCACCUCCGACGACCUUAAGUGGUUCGCCGACCUGGCCACCAAGCCGGUGCGCUGCGUGGUCCACCGCGUGGUCAUGCGUGGCAAGACGGUGUUCCUUGAUGGCAAGUUCUACGACGCCACUGCCGAGCCCAUGGGCCGCGAUCUGGGCUACGUCCUGCGUACCAUGAGCUCAGGCCCCAGCAGCAAGCAGCUGGCUCAGGGUGCGUCUGCGGGUAUGCUCGCUGUCAGCACCGCCGGUGCUUCGCGCGACAUCGCUGCUGGGCCGAUGUCGCCGGUCCCCAAGCACCUUGCUGGUGCGCCGGCUGAUGCUGAGGCUAGCGAGGAGGCCGAGGCCCUGAGCCCGACUGCCCCGACUGCCAUCGACCUGGCCAGCUCGGCUCUGGUCAAGGGCGCCAUCGAGCGCCCGCUGCGCGAGAACCGUCUUGCCGACGUGCUCGCCCGCCACGGCAACGUCAACCCGUUCUACAUGAAGCAUGUGCUGAGCGUCCGCCAGUUCACCCGUGAAGACUUCCAUCUGCUGUUCGCUGUGGCCCAGGAGAUGCGCACGGCCGUGCAGCGCUCGGGCCAGCUGCCGAUCCUCAAGGGCCGCGUGAUGGCUGCUGUGUUCUACGAGCCCUCGUCGCGCACCUCGUCGUCGUUCCAGGCUGCCAUGCUGCGUCUGGGCGGCCAGGUCUUCACAGCCAACUCGGAGACGUCAUCGGUCGCCAAGGGCGAGACCCUCGAGGACACUAUCCGCACCUUUGGUUCGUACGCCGACAUCAUCACGCUGCGUCACCCGCAGCCCGGAUCGGUCCAGGGCGCAGCCCGCUUCGCCAAUGUGCCGCUGAUCAACGCCGGUGACGGUAUCGGCGAGCACCCGUCGCAGGCCAUGCUCGACACCUUCACGAUCCGCGAGGAGCUCGGCACUGUCAACGGCCUGGUCAUCACUCUGGUUGGCGACCUGAAGAAUGGCCGCACUGUCCACUCGCUGUCCCGCAUCAUCAGCCAGUACAAGAACAUCACCCUCAACUACGUCUCGCCCGCGUCCCUGGGCAUGCCCGAGUCGAUCAAGCGCGACAUUGCCCUGCGUGCGCCCUACGUCGUCCAGAACGAGUACAAUGAGCUGACCGACGAGGUUUUGGCCAAGACCGAUGUCCUGUAUGUGACCCGCGUGCAGAAGGAGCGCUUCGAGAGCGAGGCUGCCUACGACGCUGUCAAGAGUGCCUUCAUCAUCGACAACAGCGUCAUGCGCAAGUGCAAGCGCAACAUGAUUGUCAUGCACCCGCUGCCGCGUGUCACUGAGAUUGCCCCUGAGGUCGACACCGACCAGCGCGCUGCCUACUUCCGCCAGAUGCAGUAUGGCAUGUUUGUGCGUAUGGCUCUGCUGGCCCUUGUUCUGAGCAAGAGCUUCUAAGCUGCUUUUCUGCCUCUUCUUUCUCUUCAAAUGGAUUUUCUUCACUUUUUAAA